ACAUUCUGGGAGUUGGGCUGCUGGAAUCCUGAAUAUACUCAGAAAGCAAUAGUUCUGUGCCACCAGAAAGGAAUUCGUUCCCCCAAGGAAUCACCUCUGGAAAACACGUACACACUGUUAUCCGAGACCCACAGGACUGAGAUCAAAGGAUUCCAGCGGCAUUUCAGCCACCCUGUGGAACUCACUUUCUAGGAAAAGCACCUGGGAACUCUUACAUUGUUGUAAUUUGUUGUCGUGAAAGCUUCCGCAGACUGCAGCAAAAUGCUUAUGUUAUUAUGGUCAAUCGUUCUUCUGCACCUUACUACCCUGGUACUUCUGUUUAUAUCCACUAGCGUUAACGCUUGGUUUCAAAAGGACCAUCUUACCAAAGAUCUUUGGAUGCAAUAUGAAAAUACCACUAGUGGUUGGCAGGCUCAGUCGUCAUUUCCUGAUGAAUGGCUACAAGCAGUGCAAGCUAUGAUGAUCCUUUCUAUAAUCUUCAGCAUUCUUUCUUUUUGCCUCUUCUUCUGCCAGUUGUUUACCUUACAGAAAGGAGGUCGAUUUUAUCUCACUGGCGGUUUCCAGCUUCUAGCAAGUCUGUGCGUGAUGAGCGGGGCUUCUAUCUACACAGCGAGACAUGUUGACUGGAAUUCAAAAUUAACCAAUGGCGGUUUUGGGUUUGCUUAUAUCCUUGCAUGGGUUGCCUUCCCUCUUACCUUCAUCAGUGGAGUAAUUUAUGUCGUCCUAAGAAAACGUGAAUAAGAUAACAUGUAAAACAUUUAACAGUUGGUAUCAACUCAUUUAUGGAGAAAAUGAAAGCGGAAAGAAAGACGAUGCAUUUCUGUUAUAAUUUGAAGAUGUAUAUAGUAUCUAUGGUUUAAAACGUAUUUAUAACACUUUUUACAUACAUGUAUAUAGUAUUGUUUGCUUAUGUGACCAGGAGCCUCAUUUUCAAGUGUUUUUUUUUUCCUUCAAACUAAUGAAAUAUCUAGAAAACUCUCAUUUGUAAUUGUUUUAACUACGUAUCUACUGGAUGCCAAAGUACAACAUAAAAAGCUCUGAGAAAGACAUUUAUUUCUAUUUUUUGUAUGUUAACCAAAUAGUAUAUAAAAAUUAGAGCUAGCAAGUAUGUUCAAAUUGUGCAGCUUCUUAUAAAAAAAUAAAGUGCCUCCGUAAUCUA